AUGCUUCAUAGCUAUUUCACAGUUAAUGGUUCACGCAUAUUCACACCUCCAGUGUACGGACAAACAUUUCUGGCAGAUAAAGAAGCCAUACAAGGUCAGAAUCCCACAUUAAAACCAGAACUAGUAAAACAAUUUGCUCAUUUAUUGCCUUGGCUCAACAUUCCCAAUGAAGUAGAAAAGGCAGUCGCUGAACGCGAUCAGGGCUACUGCAUCAUGUCUGGUGCAUGUGGCCAGGACAAAGUAGCAGUUACGUGGAUCAUUCCUCCUGCUUUCCUCCCCAUAGUGUCAGCGGUGCCUGGCACUGGAUUCAAGCAUUACGCCGACAUUUGUAUUCCGUCAAAUGCCUUGACCAUGCACAGGGAUCUUGUUGAUGAUUUCUGGGAUAAUGCUUUUGGUGUCGACGUUGAACCUACAAUGAAACCUACAUACCCUUCUGAAUCUUUAAAACACAGGACAACUAUCGACUUGUUAUAUUUCGGGACCUCGGACAAGCCGGAAAGCUACUGGAAGGCAUCACUACACCAUUCUAUCGAAGUCAAGGCCGUAGCGGGCCAGACGAUAUAUUUUUUCUGCUUGCUAACACAUUUCAUUGGGGGAGAUAUCAAAGACCAGUACACGAAGGAUGAUAUCAGAGAAUGGCGUGACCGUAUGGAGGACGAGGAUGGGUCAUUCUGA